AUGGCUGACGCCGACAUUAUCCCUACUGGGAUGGCUAGCAUGGCUAAUACUGACCCCAUCGCACCCUUCCGCUUCAUGGACCUUCCUGGAGAGCUGCGUAACAAGGUGUACGCUUUAUCUUUUUGCUCCUUCAGACCUUACCCUGGCCACGCCAGGGAGUUCAGCGACGGCUUUCUCAGCAACAGUUUUCUCAGCAACGGUUCUGACACAUUGCGUGUUGUCAGCCUUCCGCACACGAACGACCUGACUAUCCUUCUUGCUAAUAGCCAGAUUCAUCGCGAAGCCUACAAUGUCAUGGUUAAGACCAACCGUUUCAUUCGCAUUUGCUCUACACAAGGUCUACCCCUUCGAAGAAUCUUCUGCCGUUUGGGUGUUGCGGUAGUCGCGACUGGGCACCGUGCAGCGCAAUUCACUGGGCACGUCGAGAUCUCCUGGCUCAAACUUCAAACUAUUGCACGAAUUUCACCCACUAAUAGACCAAACGUAGAUAUUUGGUAG